CCGGGGUUGCCCAACGCCCGCUUUGCAGAGCUCGCCCCACACCCUUGCUCCUCCACGUCGGGUUCACCGAGGACCGUUGAACUUCUUUCGGGAGCCCCGCCUCUCCGCCCGGGCAGCAGGAGCAUGCGCACACACGGAGCCCGCGCGGCCUCCUCCGGUCUGCGCCAACCCCGCCCAGUUGGCUGGCGCGUGCCCGUCAGCCACGCCCCCUGAACCCUGCCCCGCCCCUAGGCGCGCGCCCGCCCCUCAGGCGCCACGUGGUUGCUUGGAGGGCGGCGCGGAGGCCGAGCCGGGAAGAUGUUCUGGCUGCCUCUUCCGGCUGCGGGGCGAGUCGCUGUCCGACGUCUGGGGGUGAAGCAUUUCUGGGUCCAGGGUCGCUCCGCCGCAAACAUGACGAAGGGCCUUGUGUUAGGAAUCUAUUCUAAAGAUAAGGAAGAUGAUGGGCCACAGUUUACAACCGCAGGAGAGAAUUUUAAUAAAUUGGUGGCUGGAAAGCUGAGAGAAAUUUUGAACUUAUCUGGACCACCUUUGAAGGCAGGCAAGACCCGAACCUUUUAUGGUCUGCAUCAGGACUUCCCCAGUGUGGUGCUUGUCGGCCUCGGCAAAAAGGGAGCUGGAAUCGACGACCAGGAAAACUGGCAUGAAGGAAAAGAAAACAUCAGAGCUGCUAUUGCAGCGGGAUGCAGGCAAGUUCAGGACCUGGAACUGUCCUCUGUGGAGGUGGAUCCCUGCGGGGACGCCCAGGCCGCUGCAGAAGGAGCGGUGCUUGGUCUCUACGAGUACGAUGACCUAAAGCAGAAAAAGAAGACGCCUGUGGCCGCGAGGCUCUACGGAAGUGGGGACCAGGAGGCCUGGCAGAGGGGCGUCCUCUAUGCUUCCGGGCAGAACCUGGCACGCCACCUGAUGGAGACCCCGGCCAAUGAGAUGACACCAACCAGAUUUGCUGAAAUUAUUGAAAAGAAUCUCAGAAAUGCUAGUAGCAAAACAGAGGUCCAUGUCAGACCCAAGUCUUGGAUUGAAGAACAGACCAUGGGAUCAUUCCUAAGUGUGGCCAAAGGGUCUGACGAGCCCCCCGUGUUCUUGGAAAUUCACUACAUGGGUAGCCCGAAUGCAAGUGAACAGCCCCUGGUGCUUGUCGGGAAGGGAAUUACAUUCGACAGUGGCGGCAUCUCCAUCAAGGCUUCUGCAAACAUGGACCUCAUGAGGGCGGACAUGGGAGGAGCUGCAACUAUCUGUUCAGCCAUCGUGUCUGCGGCAAAGCUUAAUUUGCCUAUUAAUGUCAUAGGUUUGGCUCCUCUUUGUGAAAAUAUGCCCAGUGGCAGGGCCAACAAGCCUGGGGAUGUCGUCAGAGCCAGGAAUGGGAAGACCAUACAGGUCGAUAACACUGAUGCCGAGGGGAGGCUCAUCCUGGCUGAUGCGCUCUGUUACGCGCACACCUUUAACCCCAAGGUCAUCAUCAACGCCGCCACUUUAACAGGUGCCAUGGACAUAGCUUUGGGUUCGGGUGCCACUGGAGUCUUUACCAAUUCAUCCUGGCUCUGGAACAAACUAUUUGAGGCCAGUAUUGAAACAGGGGACCGUGUCUGGAGGAUGCCUCUUUUUGAACAUUAUACAAAACAGGUGGUAGAUUGCCAACUUGCUGACGUUAAUAACAUUGGGAAAUAUCGCUCCGCAGGGGCAUGCACAGCAGCAGCAUUCCUGAAAGAGUUUGUGACUCAUCCUAGGUGGGCACAUUUAGACAUAGCAGGUGUGAUGACCAACAAAGAUGAGGUUCCCUAUCUACGGAAAGGCAUGACCGGGAGGCCCACAAGGACCCUGAUAGAGUUUUUGCUGCGUUUCAGCCAAAACAAUGCUUAGUUCAGAUGCUCAGCCAUUUCUUCAUUCUGUCUUGAGUUGGACAGUUGAGCAUUAAAAAGAUUUUUGAAUGAAUGGAUGAAAAUCUUGGAAACAAAGGAUAAUAUUUAAAAAUGUAGAAUUUCAAUAAAAUUUGUAUGCCUUGGUUUGUUUUUGUUUUAUGCAAAGAUUGCCUUGGUUGGCAAGGAUUUUUAAGAUAUUCUAUUCGUGAUGAUUAAAUUUUAUAAAACUUCCUAAUCACUUCUCAGAGUUUUUAAUUGAGAAGCAAAAUUGUUAUUUCAGAUUUGUGAUCCUAGUAAUGUGAGCAAACUAGAAGUUACUAUGCAGUUGUCAGAAAUAAAUAAAUCCAACUUUC